GACUGCAUGACUCUCACAGUCCUGGAUCACGACCACAGUCACAAUGCCGGAUCUUGGUCGAGUUACGGUUCGAACUCUGAAUUAAGACCUUGUUGCAUAUCUUUAACCAAGGUCAAAUGCGGGCUACCGUCACGUCGUAGACGACAAAGUGGACUUUGGUCGAGAAAAGCAGGGCCGGAGGUGCAGAAUCUCAACGUCGAGAGUGGAACAGAGUUUCGAAAGGCAUCGAUCGGGUUGUUUCCUGGGAUCCCGUCUUUGGGCCUCUAGGUUUGCUGCCUUUUGCCUAUCGAUUUCGUGUUUCUGUUCGAUUCUUGCAGCACCAAGUCUCUGAGAGUUGUUGACUCGGGGAGGAUGUUCGUCGAAAUGGGUGAAAUGAACUGAGAAGAUGGUUAAGGGGUCUUCUCGUGAAGAUCCGUCCGACCUUCUGUCCUUAUCCCUAUGGGAGGAUUGAUGGCCUGGGAGGCUUCGCAGCAAGGCGAGGACUGCCUUCCUUGUUGCCUUUGUCGGCCUCUGGUUCUCAGCUCUUCGUCUUCGAUGAUCUCUCCAGCUUCUACUUCAUCGUCUUCCGGUUUUUGAAAGCGAACGCGAGCACGCGGUCUCGAUCGUCAGAAGGGAGGCUAUCAUGGAUAUUAUCGCACAAUUGCAGGAUCAGGUGAACAAGAUAGCCUACAUCGCCUUCAACACGGUUGGGUCGUUACAACGGGAUGCCCCGCCUGCUCGCUUAUCUCAAAACUAUCCGGAACCGCCUGCGCCCACCGCCGAGGCUCUCGCCACCAUCAAUAGCGAUCCCAAAUCCGCCGCCGUGGCCUUCAUGCAAGGAGUGAAGCAGUUUGAUGCCCUGGUUGCUGCACUUCCAUUGAAUGAUGGUGGCGAGGAGGCCCAGCUGAAGAAGAUAGCCGAACUUCAGGCAGAAAACGAGAGCAUUGGGAAGGAGUUGCAGGACGAAAUGCAGUCAGCAGAAAGGGAGCUAAAGCAGCUAAGAGAACUCUUCCACAUGGCAGCAGAUAAUUGCUUGCGCCUCAAGCCCCCUUCCUAGGUUCUUUUACUUUGGUCAACCAUCGGCAGUCCACAUCCCUCCGGCGGGUCUUGAUUUACUCUUGUAAUAUAUUGAGAACCUUUGCUGUUUGAAGUGAAGCAGAUCCGUGUUGUAAUUAUCCUUGCUGUAAAGUAUAACAGCGGUAGCACCCUUCAAUGUAGUAUUAGUUGUCGUCUGUGAUCGAUCAAGGCAUGUCGAGCAAAGGGACGGGGGAUUUUAUCUAUGGACCAGUGGUGGGAAAAUUGCUCUACUUAUAAUCUAGAGAAAAAAUUCGGUCGGCUUCGGCAGAGUACGGCAAUUUUGACAAUCCACAUUAGUCGAGUCAUUCUUGAGUUGGAAACAAGGUGGAUGACCCUGAUAUGCAUGGUCUUUGUUCCUAGUGCCGUUCCUGUCCAACAGAACCUAUUAAAGAACAUUCCUGAGUAUGCGGAUGUAAAUUGUAAACUCAAACGUGGAGGUAUCUUUUUCUGUAUGGAUACGAACAAUGGAAGACAGUUCUCUC